GCAUUGUUCUCAUGUGAUAAGCAAGGCUUGCAGACAAUUGGCAAAGGUUCUUCUGUUCUCUCUCGGAAGAUGCAGCACGCCAAAGUGGGAGCGGUGCCUCCUCCGCCGCCGCCGCUCCCCAAUUUCAGGGCCAGGAGAGCGGUCGCUGAGACCAGCGUGACGAACAGGGAGAUUGCCAGGUUCUGGAGGCAGAAGCGCAUCGAGGAGGAAGAUCACCUCUUGGCGGCGAUCAAGGCCGCGGCACGUGUCAGGGCGCGGAAGCUCUCGGAGGACGACUACAAGCGUUUCGUGGAGUCUUUAGAUGAUGUAAACGGCAACGCCAAGGAGAACAACGCGGCGGUGGCCGCUUCCCACAUGAUGUGGAGCCACGCCAAAGAGGAGAAAGAAGUGCGCAUCGGAAUAAAAGACUGGUGGACGAAGAGCAAGUACGCGUACUUGAACCAACCGGCCCUCAAGUCUAUGGAUCACCCGAGAAGAACUUCCUCUUACACUCCGAACUGUUUCUCGUACAAGCCUGUUCCACUGUAUCCGACUUCUCUCGGAGUGUUUUAGCACCCCGUGUCGUCAUUCGGUUUGGUUCGUAUUAUCGCUUGCAAAAUUCAUUCGAGUCACGUGCUGUUUCGACCACUUCUGGUCGGGCGCCUGCAGAUUUGCAUCGCGCUUGAUU